GACUGACUGUCAGGCAUGUUGUUUGGCUUCCGAACAGGUAGUGCUCGUCAGGCCUGGCCACGCGGAACUCCAACACACAAAAAGCUUCGAUCAAACGUCUCAUCUCGACCCCUCGAGUGCUAGAUUCGGUCUCCACGCUCACUCCACUCACACUCACCCACUGCACCUAGCUGGUCACACUCACUAGUCACUUGAGCGGCUGAGCUGAGCAGAGCUUGCUCUCCUGGGAUAGGAACUAACAAUGCCGACGCUCCGCCGUUACCCCGCCGCGCUGCUGCUUCUCGCCAUCAGCGCCCGCCUCCUCCUGCUGCCCGCGGCGGCGUCGGCAUUGCCCGACCCGGCGUCGCUCGAGCCGACACUGCUCUUCCCGUCCACGGGCGCCGCCGCCGCCGCCUCGCAGACGCAGCCACAGACACCCGCCGCGGGGGGCUCCACAAUCCCGGCCUUCCCGGAGCAGUCAGAGGCCGCCGCCUCCACCUCCGUCUGCCAGCUCGCCCCGUCCCCUCCGCUCCUCCCCGCCGUCCUCGCGUCCUGCAACGCCGACGCCGGCGGGAGCGGGAGCGGGGGCGCGCUCCCGCCGCGGCUGCGCUGCUGCCCGGCCCUCGCCGCGUGGCUGUACGCCGCCUACGCGCCCACCGCGCUGUCGGGCCCCGGCGCCGGGGGGGAACCGGCGGCCGCAGUGGCCGCGUCGGCGGAGGCUGCCGCCGUUGUGGACAUGCCGGUGCUCCCCGACGACGCGGAGGAGUGCGCGGGCGCGGCGGACCGCGCGCUGCGGGCGGCCGGGGCGGCACUCCCGCGGCCGCAGCCACGGGGCGGGAGCGCCGGCGGCGCUGGCAACGGCACGGCGGCGUGCGACGUGGCGUUCUGCUACUGCGGGGUGAGGCUGCGGCGGCCGCUGUGCCCGGCGCCGGAGGGCCGGAUGGCGAGGAGGCUCGAGAGGGACUGCGCGCUGCCGGGCAUCUCCGGCUGCUCCAGGUGCCUCCGGGCGCUCAACAAGGUGACUGACACUCGAGAGCUUUCUUCACCUAUUCCCUUGGAUUGGAUGCUUCUUGUCUGCUGCAUUGGACUUGGACAAGCUGAGCGGGAAGGGCAACGCCACGGCGCCGGCGAAGGCGAGGGAGGAGCGGCGCGAGGACUGCCGGGUCAUGGGCCUCACGUGGCUGCUGCAGCGGAACGCCACGCGGCACCGGGAGGCGGCCACGGCGGUGAUCCAGGCGCUCAUGGCGGCCGACGCCGACGGCCGCCCGGCCCCGGCCACCUGCGCGCUCCCCGCCGGCGACGAGCUGCCAGUGGCCGUGGGCUCCUCGCAGAUCAACGGCGCCGCGGCCGCGUCGUCGUCCCCCGUCGCCGUCGGCCGUCUGCUCCUCGCCGUGCUUGGAGCUUCCCUCGCCUCGGUGUCGCGGUGCUUCUGAGUUCUGAAUGGCUUGACAUUGAUCCGUGUCGUUUGUCGCAUCGCAUGUCCCUCUUUAAUUUGUUAUGUGCUUAGCGCUUUGCAGUGUAGCUCAGGGAAGAUUAAGUUAUAUAAGCUGUCAGUUGGUUGGACACCGUUGAGCGUUGAUGUAAUUAGUUAUAUGUGUUUGUCAUCACCUGAUCGAUUGCGUGGCAUGAUGAAUGCAUCCCAGUUUCAAGAAAGACUUUGUAAUUGA